AUGAACACCACGAAUCCAUUGCAAAGAUUCACAGACCACCGCACGAGACUCGGCUACCACCGCUACGAUCAAGACACUACCCUCGGCCUGCCCCCAGCAGUCCUCCAUGGCAUGCUCUACGUCGUCUUCGGCAUCAUCCUCUACAUCGUCUACAACGUCACACUCUCCGCGGUCAACAGCACCCUAAGAACCUGGUUUCAGAUCACCAACUCCAACUCGAUCCGCCGCGCUUACACCAGCUCCUCUGUCAAGACCAUCCUCACCGGCCUCAUCACUGGCUAUUACCUCUACCUCGCCAACUUCGGCGCCAUCAAGGCCGAGAUCAUGAAUGGAAAUCUCGACAUCCCGGUUCAGGCUCGAGGUGUUUCGGUGUGGAAGUUCUUGGGAAUUGUUCUUGUGGUUCCGAGCGUUUCGACGUUCACACAGAGGGUGAUUUGGAUGAUGAACAACCGACUUGGCAGAGCGUGGGGGGAGCAUCGCAACCCUGUUUCUAUGGCUAAGGAGGUGCGGGACAAGUCAGAGAAGAUCGAGGCUGAGGCACUUGCUGGGAAUGGGGAAUAG